UUCUGAUCAAGGCUUGAUACCACCACCAACACGACGAUUCAUUCUCGAUGUUUCACAUGAUAGCCUAGCUGAUGCAUCUAUGGCCGCAUCAGGCGAUGAGGCGCUUCCACAUUGACAAUCGGGGCCCAGACCUACUGAAUCGCAAGACCUCAAUAACAUUGGAGCCCCCAAGCUCAGUGAGCCUCAACCUCUAGGCUUUCAUCAUGGCUCUCCGCGACUUACCAUGGGUGACAAUACUCUUCUCCGGUGUCGUCGCGGCGCUCGCGUACGGGACGAUGAGGCUGAUUCAAGUACGGCACUUCUACAAGGACCUUCCCAAGCCGCCUCACAGUUUUUUCUUUGGUCAUCUCAAACUGCUAGGCGAGACUUUCAAGUCACUGCCAAGCGACGUUCAUUACCAGGCAGCGGCCGUUACAAUUGCCAGGAAAUACAACAUGCCUGGUCUCUUCUAUCUUGAUCUGUGGCCCAUCGCAUGGGGACAGAUUGUUGUUACAGAUCCAGAUGUCGCACUUGAGAUGACAGCCGUUCGAAACCACCCCAAACACGAAGCAGAGGGCCAAAUGAUUGAUCCAUUGAUUGGUCGUGGGAACAUUGUCACAGCGAAUGGGCCGCAGUGGAAGCAUCUCCACAGGAUGCUGAGUCCUGCUUUCGCCAUCUCGCACAUUACCAACAUGAGACCAAUGGUUGCUGACGAGGUGAUGAAAUUUCGGUCGAUUAUCCACGAGAAGGCCAGAUCUGGAGAGGUUUUCAAAUUGGAAGACCCUACUCAACACUUGACGUUCGAUGUGAUCUCGACUGCGACCUUUGGGCGAUCUCUCGACGCACAAACCAAGGGCAGCCCUGCUCUGCAGCACUUUGAGAAUAUGUGUCGUGCUUACAUGGCAUCGCGAGAAUCUGUCAACUACAUCCGGAACUUCUUUGUCAACAGAAAAGUUUCGGCCGAGCGAGACAAGUUAGAUGCCAUCGUAGUAGAUCUCAUCAAAGAGAGAUUCGAGAUUGUAAAACGCGAUAAGCUCGAUCUCUCCGAAAAGCGAGGAUUAGGAAUCAUGGAUCUCAUCUUGCGAGAUUAUAUUGCAGAGCGACAGAACGACGUGAAGGAGCUCGACCACCAAUUUGUCCAAGAUGCUCUAUCGCAAGUUAAAACGCUAUUGAUCGCUGGAAGCGGAACUACGUCUGACACCGUCUGCUUUGGAGCUAUGAUGCUCAGCGUCCACCCUGAAGUAGUUCAAAAGAUGCGAGAAGAGCACGACCGCGUCUUCACCCCUGGUAUUGAGGCGACUUACGAGAUGCUGAAAACGGAUCCUUAUAGAGUGAACGAGCUUACGUACACAAACCAUGUUGUCAAGGAGAUCCUCCGAUUCUUCCCGAUAGGCAACACUGCGCGUAAGGGCAUUGAUACUCUUAAGUACCAGGGCCGAGAGUGGCCGGCCAAAGAUAUCAUGAUUUGCCCAGUCCAACUGGCUAUGCACAUGGAUCCUGCGAUAUUUCCAGACCCGCUCAAAUUUGACCCCGAUCGAUAUGCACGAGAAGAUUUCCCGCGUCACGCAUGGCGUCCAUUUGAAAGAGGUCCACGUGCCUGCCUUGGUCAACCUCUGGCUAUGGACGAGUUGUUGAUCACGUUCUUGUUGACGAUACGAGAUUUCGACUUUACAUGCGCAGAUUUGAAACCUAACAAGACGCCUCGAGUGGACUGGUUCGACCUGGAUUUAACGUUCGGCGACCGCGCCUUUCAAGAGUUCGUGUUUGAAGCGAAACCACGCGAUGGCAUGCCAAUGACAGUCAAGAGAUCCAACUGGCCUUCGUAGUCGUAUCAAAUACUGCCGAUCUUGGAUGCAGACAGCCAUCUUAGACGGGCAUCCCGGUAACUCACAUUCUCCAAGGUUUCGAGAUACGAUAUACAGCCGAAGGUUUGAAGGACAGAAUCCAUCAAGUUGAGCACAAAGACAGCCAGAAGAUUCUGGGUGAAGAUACGAGCUCACUUGCAAGUUGGGGAACGGAUCGUCUCGGACCGAAUAUCGGUUCAAAACUGGUGGAUGUACAGAUGAUUCGCAAGACUUCGACAGUGUAGUAAGGUUGAGAUACGUUCGGGAGUUGGCAAUGCAUUCCGCGGCCAGUUAUACGGUCAAUACCAUAUUGCAGGUCUUAGUUGUGAGCCACUGAGCGAUUAUGACGAAACAUGCGGAAAUUACUAUUGUUGAGACAUAAGCAAAUAUGAUCCAUGCUUCCAUCC